AAAAGAAGGCUCUCAAAUAUCGGCAAAACCCUUGUGUUGCGAAGCUCAAUAAUAUCUCAAAUCAAAAAAUUUAAAAUUCGUUACUAAAUAUUUCCAUCGAAUUAUUUUCCCGGAAAACAAACGUAUCAGGUUUCCGAGAAAAUGACAGAGGUGGCGGGCUCUGUGGUGCAAGAAGUGCUUGGCCGUAGGGCAUUGGAUGUGGAUCAACCAAUUAUCGACUACAUCAUCAACGUCCUCGCCGACGAGGACUUCGAUUUCGGAAUAGACGGCGAGGGUGCUUUCGAUGCCAUCGGUGAGCUCCUCGUCGGCGCUGGUUGCGUCAAUGACUUCACCGAGUGUCGUUCUGUAUGUAGCACAUUAUCUGAAAAGUUUGGCAAGCAUGGGCUAGUCAAACCUAAACCAACUAUGCGGAGCCUUGCAACACCUUUUAGAAUGGAUGAUGGAAUGGAUGAAGAGCAAGCUCCAAAAAAGAAGCCUGAAGUUUUUGAUGGCCCAUUGCUCACUGAACGCGACAAAGCUAAGCUAGAAAGGAGAAAGAGGAAGGACGAGCGCCAAAGAGAGGUGGAAUACCAAAUCCAUUUAGCAGAAAUGGAAGCAGCCAGGGAAGGGAUGCCUGUUGUAUGUGUUACUCACGACAAUAGUGGUGGAUCAACUGUCAAGGACAUCCGCAUGGAGAAUUUCAGUGUUUCUGUUGGUGGCCGUGAGCUCAUUGUGGAUGGUGAACUCACACUCUCGUUUGGAAGGCAUUAUGGUCUUGUUGGAAGAAAUGGGACAGGAAAAACAACAUUCCUUAGGCACAUGGCUAUGCAUACCAUUGACGGCAUUCCUUCAAAUUGCCAGAUAUUGCAUGUGGAGCAAGAAGUUGUUGGUGAUGAUGUAUCAGCUUUGCAAUGUGUUCUUAACUCUGACAUUGAAAGAACCCAACUUUUGCAAGAAGAAGCUCGUCUUAGUGCUCUGCAGAGAGACAUGGACUCGGAGGAUUUUAAAAGCAAUGGAGGAAUGGACAAAGAUGCAAUUUCACAAAGGCUUCAGCAGAUAUACAAACGGCUUGAAUUCAUUGAUGCGGAUUCUGCAGAGUCUCGUGCAGCUGCCAUCCUCGCGGGUCUUAGUUUUACUCCAGAAAUGCAGCUGAAAGCAACAAAAACAUUUUCAGGAGGAUGGAGAAUGCGAAUUGCCCUUGCGCGUGCCCUGUUCAUAGAGCCUGACUUAUUGCUACUGGAUGAACCCACGAACCAUCUUGAUCUUCAUGCUGUCUUGUGGCUGGAGACUUACCUGGUGAAAUGGCCAAAAACGUUCAUAGUUGUUUCUCAUGCUAGAGAAUUUUUAAACACGGUGGUCACUGAUAUUCUUCACUUACAAGGACAAAAACUAACUGCUUACAAGGGGAAUUAUGAUAUAUUUGAGAGGACACGAGAAGAACAGAUAAAAAAUAAACAGAAAGCUUUCGAAGCAAAUGAACGUUCAAGAUCCCAUAUGCAGACAUUUAUUGAUAAGUUUCGCUACAACGCAAAGAGAGCAUCUCUUGUUCAGUCAAGAAUCAAGGCAUUGGAGCGGAUGGGUCAUGUGGAUGAAGUUGUCAACGAUCCUGACUAUAAGUUUGAGUUCCCAACUCCAGAUGACAGACCAGGCGCCCCUAUAAUAAGUUUCAGUGAUGCAUCGUUUGGUUAUCCUGGUGGACCUAUAUUGUUUAGGAACUUAAAUUUCGGGAUCGACCUAGACAGCCGAGUUGCAAUGGUUGGGCCAAAUGGCAUAGGAAAAUCAACCAUACUCAAACUAAUUGCAGGGGAGCUACAACCAAGCUCUGGGACAGUUUUCCGCUCAGCUAAGGUUCGUAUAGCUGUCUUCAGUCAGCACCACGUGGAUGGACUAGACUUAUCUUCAAAUCCUCUUUUGUAUAUGAUGCGCUGCUAUCCAGGAGUUCCUGAACAGAAGCUUCGAAGUCACCUUGGUUCUUUUGGUGUCACUGGAAAUCUUGCUCUUCAGCCAAUGUACACUUUGUCUGGUGGUCAGAAGAGCAGAGUUGCAUUUGCUAAGAUAACUUUCAAGAAACCUCACAUAAUAUUACUUGACGAGCCAUCCAAUCAUUUGGAUUUGGAUGCUGUUGAGGCACUAAUUCAAGGACUCGUUCUUUUCCAAGGAGGCGUUCUUAUGGUUAGUCACGACGAACAUCUAAUAUCGGGAAGCGUGGAAGAGCUAUGGGUGGUCUCGGAAGGUAGGGUGAAUCCAUUCCAUGGAAGUUUCAACGAGUACAAGAAGAUUCUCCAGUCUUAAAACAGGUAACAGGUUACAACAUUUUCUUCUCAAUAGUUGUGAAUUAUUUACACUUGAGGAACUGAAUUUAUAUCUUCAGAAAAAAAAAGUGAGAAUAUUUUGGAUUCUGCGAUAUAAUAAAGCUUUCUUUUCUCCAAUUUAAUGGUCAUUUAUAAUGGCCUCAUUUGGGUUCA